AUGGCCCUCGCUCCCGUGCGCGUCUGGGAGUGCGCCGAGUACGCGGUGCUCCUCGCCGCGCCCAGCGCCUGCGCCGCGGCGCUCCACCUGUGGCGACAGCUGGAGCUGCCGCACAGCGACGGCCCCGUCGGGCAGCGCAUCGUCUGCGCGCUCAAGUGGACCGUUUUCGUGAGCAUGUCGCUCGUCGCGGCGCUCUUUCACAGAGGCGACGUCGUCGUGCGGGCCGCCCUUGUCGUGUACGUCCCGAGCACACUGACGUUUUGGGUGCUGGUCUGCAGGAACAGCGGCCUGCAGCGCUUCGGGCGCAUAUGGUGGCUUUUCGUGCCCCUCAUCUUCGAGUACAAGGCCCUCUGGUGGUGGACGCAGCACGUGGCCUUGUCCGAGGAGCAGAAGUGGCGCGCGCUUGGCCGCCUGAACGCCAAGUAUGCGCCGCGGGUGUUCUGGCUGCUCGUCGACCUUGGUGGAGUCUUCGUCAAGAUCGGGCAGCUGCUGUCCCUGCUCCCGGCAGGGGUCCUUCCCGAGGCGUACAUGAAGGAGCUGAAGAAACUCCAGAACACGGUGCCGCCCCGACCUGGCGACGAGGUCAGGGAGCUCGUCGAGGACGAGCUGGGCUGCUCCAUCGAGAGCAUCUUCAGCCGCUUCGACGACAAGCCCAUCGGCGCGGCCAGCAUCGGCCAGGUGCAUCGUGCUCGCCUGCGCAAGGACGGCCGCGAGGUAGUCGUGAAGGUCCAGUACCCGGAGGUGUCGCAAACCAUAGAGCCCGACUUCAACAACUGUGAGCGCAUCGUGUGGUUCCUGGACAAGACGAGGUGCGAGGAGGUGCGCGAGGCCAAAAAAUACUACAUCAACGAGCUCGACUUCUUGCUCGAGGCGGCCACGCUGCAGCGGGUGCGGACGAACCUCGCUGGCGCUUUCCCGGCGGUUCGAGUGCCGGAGCCGGUGAUGGAGCUCUGCAAGCCGAAGGUGCUCGUCAUGACCUUCCUCAGCGGCAGCUCCCUCCUCGACGGGGUCAUGCGGAUGGCCGAGGCCAUCGCCAAAGUCCGUGGCAAGACGGUGGACGAGCUGAUCGCAGAGUUUGCGCAGGGCGCCACCGCGGAGGUGCCGGACCCGGACCUCGCCUUGCAGCCGGCCGUGCAGCCCAAGGGCCGCAGGCGUUUCCGAGAUCGCGUCAAGCGCCUCCUCGGCGUCACCUCGUUCCGGGAGGCGUUCCGGCAUCGCGUCGGCGUUCCGGACACUACGAAGGUCAAGCUGCUCAACUACUGCCUCACCGCGCGCUGCAGGGCCGGCAACGUUGGAAAGGUGCUCUUCAACCACUCCAUCGGCAGGCUGGGGGCCUCUCCGCUCCAGUACAAGCAGGCCAUGCCGAGCUUCGACCCCACGGAGCUCAGCGCCACACUCUGGCGCGUCCUGGGCCACCAGCUCUUCGUCGACGGCCUCUUCAGCACGGACCCGCACCCGGGGAACAUCCUGAUCGGCCGCAAGGGCGACGUGGGCCUCAUCGACUUCGGGCAGGUGUGCGAGCUGAGCCUGCGCACGCGCCUCCGCUUCGCUCGCCUCGUCCUGGCCCUACACUCCGAGGACAUCCGCGCUACCGCGCAGUGCCACGCGGAGUUGGGCUACCGCACCAAGGGCAUGUUGGAACGCCCGGGGGAGAUCAACGAGGAGCUCCUCGCCCUCGCCGCCCGUCUGAAGUUCGGCGACACCAACGGCAUCAAGGCGCAGUGCUUCUACCGCUACCGGGAGCUCACGCUGGAGGACCCGUGCGUCGUCGAGCGGGAGGACGAGGGCCUCGGCCGGGUGGAGCGGAUGAUCAACAUCAUCCGCGGAACCAGCCUGAUCUUGGGCGUUUGGAAGGGCCACUGCCCGACCACCCUGUGGCUGGACAUUGCCCGCGACCUGCUCCAGCGGCACGCGGAUCACCCCGACGUCAUUGGCCGCCCCGUCGAGUUGCAGCGGGGCAGCCUGGACGAGGUCUUCUACGACGCGGAGGAUCCGCUCGACCUCGACCUGGAGGCGCCCACGGGGCUCUUCUCCGGAGACUGCAGCGCGACGAUCUGA